GGGUGUGACCUCCUUUGCAAUAGUCCGGCGACAUUUUCUCUCCGGCAGCUCACAACAGGUAAUCGCCCCGUUUCUUCAAAAUCAUUUCUAAUCGAUUUCCUGCUUAUUCUUCACAACAUUUGAACCCAAUCUCAGCUCAGUAAUCACAUAUUCAAAUCAUGACUAGAAUGAUUAUAAAACCCUUCUUCAAAUGCCCAUUAACCCACCACCCCUAUACUCUCUCUAAACUCUUUUAUUCAUCAUCUCCUAUACAUAUAAAUUAUACAUACAAUAAUAAUGCAAAACAUAACCUAGACUCUCAAAUUAGACCCCUUCUAGAAAACCCUAAUCCCCAAUUUGAAGAUGCCGUCAUACUUUUCGAAAAGUCUGCUGCUUUAAGCAUCAUCCCUUCUUCUUCCACUUGCAAUUUCAUUCUGGAAAAAUUAGGUAGAAGCAAACAAUACAAUUUAGUUUUGAAAGUUUACACAACAAUGAGUAACAUUGGGGUAAGGUCUUGGUUUCUUUCAUAUGGUGCUGUGGUUGAGAGUUUGGUUCACUUUGAGUGCCCAGAGUAUGCUGUUUCGGUCUUCGGGUUGAUUUUGAAAAGUGGGUUUAGUGUUAACACAUACCUUGUUAAUCUUGUGUUGAAGGGUUUGUGUCAUAAGAACAAGAUUGAUGAUGCUGUGAGUUUGUUUCGUCAAGGUUCCGGGUACGGGGUGGUUCCGGAUGAAGUGACGCUUAAUACACUUACGAAUUGGCUUUGUAAGAGCGGUAAGUUUGAUGAGGCGUUAGCUUUGAAGGAUGAAAUGGAGGGGUUAGGUUGUAAUCCUAAUUUGGCUACUUACAGUGUGACGAUGUAUUAUCUUUGUAGAAGCGGAGAGAUUGAAAAGGGAAAAGCGGUUUUCGAUGAUAUGAUGAAAAAAGGGAUCAUUCCGUCCAUUGAUAUUUAUAACCAUUUGGUGCACGGUCUUUCGAAAAAAGGAAAGUUUAAAGAAGCUAUGGAUGUCUUAACGGAUAUGCUGGAACGAGGGAUCGAACCUGACGUUGUUACGUAUACAGGUUUAAUCGACGGGCUUUGUCAUAACGGGAAGGUUAAGAAAGCUUUAGAUUUGUUUAAUGUGAUGAUAGAAAGGGGUCAAGAGCCGAACAACAUAACAUACACACAUUUAGUUCUCGGGUUAUGCAAGGAAGGGUCGGUGGUUGACGGUUUUAGAUUAUUGAAGACGAUGGUUCAGAAGGGUAAGAAACGGAGCAAGAAGUUUUACGACGACUUAAUUAAAGAAUUAUGUGAUCAGCGAAAGGUUGAUGACGCAUUAAUGCUUUAUAAUAUGAUGAUUCACGAGAGUGACGUUGAGCCAGAUGUUAAAACGCACAAUUUUAUUGUUCAAGGUCUUUGCAAAGAAAACCGAAUUAGUAAAGCGGAAGAGAUUCAUCAGAAGAUGUUGUACGGUAAUGUGGUGACUUAUAAUUUACUUUUAGAUGCCUACUUGAGGAACGCGGAAAUCGAAAAGGGUAUAGCGAUAUGGAAGAAAAUGAUGGAACUGAAAGUAAGUCCAAACGCGUACACUUAUAGUCUCUUAAUUAACGGAUUCUGCAAAUUAGGUAUGAUCAACAUUGCAAAAGGGUUUUUUAUAAAAAUACGAAAACACGAUCUACCUCUGAGUGUGUGUGACUACAAUGCAUUGAUGUUGGCGUUGUGCACAGAGGGUAGUAUGGAACAAGCAACCAACUUGUUUAAAGAAAUGGAAGCCAAUAACUGCAAGCCAGAUGUCGCCUCGUUUAAUAUCAUAAUCGAUUCAUCGUUUAAGUCGGGAAACGUGGAGUACACGGGCGAAUUACUGUUGAUGAUGCGUGAGAAACGUGUGGAUCCCGAUGCAUACACUUUCUCCAUAUUAAUAAACCGGUAUUGCAAACUAGGGGACUGUAAGGAGGCUAAAAACAUGUUGAAAACGAUGGUUUCUAGUGGUUUUGUUCCGGAUAAAUUCGUAUAUGAUUCUUUGUUAAAAGCUUUUUGUGAGAAGGGUGAAACAGAAGAAAUCUUUAUGUUACUUCGUGAAAUGGCUAAAAAGGGGAUUGCACUCGACUCGAAGUUAACUUCUACUAUCGUGACAUGCCUUUGUAAUGCUUCUGAAGACGUUGAUAUUACGGAGCUUUUACCAAAUUUUUCUCAAGAAAUUUCAGAAAAAACGAGCAUUUCUUGCGGUGAUUUACUGGAAAAGCUUCAAAGUUCUGAUCCUGACCCGCUGUUGGUGGCUUGAUAUGCUUCGUUUUUAGAAGUGGCAACAGAAAGAUUAUGAUUUUCUUGAUGAAACCGCUUUAUUCGCUAUCUAAUAUGGUGGGCCUAAAGGAAGAAUCAUCUGCAAGUGAUUUAAAUGGAGCUGUGAUGUGAUGUGAUGUAACCGCUUUAUUUGCUUUUUAACUAGCAUUUGCGUCUGCAGCGUGUUGGUUACUCUUGUUUGUUUUAUAAGGAUUUAUAAAUUCUGCACAGCUCGUUUAUAAGGGAGUGCUUAAAGGAGUUUUAUACAAGUUAUGAUGAUACAAACUUAAGGUGGAAUGGGGCUGAUUCUUUUGAGUCAAGCUGGAAGUAAGUUUCUGCAUGAAGAAAACGGGUUUGAUAACCAGAUGGAACUGGAACUGCAUCCCUUCUUUGCUUUCUUCCCUAUGAGUCGUAAGAAUAUCACACGAUAUUCCACCCAACCUGCAACGGAUGAUGAAAAGGCCGAUCAAAAUGCUCUAUAUCAAAAGAUUAUUGAUGAGGCAAGAUAAAUGCAAAGUUUUAAGCAGUUUAGUCGGUGUAAUCAUCAACUGGAUUUCUACAUGAGGUAACCUUCAUACCCUUCCUCUUGUAACAGAUGUAUACACACAAAUAACAUACGGAGGAGCUUUAUUCCAUCGCUAUCUCAAACCGUCAUUCAAGCGCAAUUCAAUCGCAACGGUUAACACAUUGACCACAAACGACGUUAUCCUGCAGCAGCUUAACCUUUCAAGCUUCAUGUUCUACGACGGUAACGUAUGUUCUCUGUUUCUGCUUUCCACUUUAGACGAUUUUUGUAUUGUUUUGGAUUAUCUAAGUUGUUUUGAUUGAAAAUUGAGCUGUGUAUGUACGUGUCUUUCUCUUAGAAGGUAAAUACAUGCUUUUCUGUUCAUCCAGUGAAUUCAUUUUGAUUUUUAGUUUCAUAUUUGAUUUUAGAGUAUGAAUGUUUGUCUUCUUUUGUAAGGAAAGGCGAUGAAGAAAUAAUCCUUAAACCUCAUAUUAUUUAAGGUCUGGCUUUUGGAAAAAGGAAAAUAGGAGAAUAAAAUAUAAGAAUAAGAUCAAACUCUGUUCGGGAAGGAACAAAUCCCAUGCAUCUUCCGGUAUCGGCUGGGGAUUUUGUAUCAAUUAGUCAAGCAGUUAUUGGAAGGAACAGACAAAUGCCGACACAUGUUACACAUAUGCUAAAUACGGAAGCAAUCUUCUUCAAGUGGGACAUAUACUAUAGUGAUUGCCUUCAUGAGUAUGGUCUCAUGUUCUAGCUUUUCUACCAUUCUUGACUAUGUUCAACCAGUUGCUACUGCUUAACCUGAUUCAGUUGGGGAUCUGAUUCAGAAUAUAUUAUAAUGAGGAACGAUUAGUUGAAUUCACUAUACAUCGAAUUUAUGGAUUUAAUUGGGAAAUUAUUUGAUUCAUUGUUCCAAAUUGAAAUUCAUGCUUCCCAAUUUCAGAAUGCUUUUGAGGAUGUUUAGUGCACAUGAGUGUGUGGAAUGUGUUAAGUUUAUAUUGGUUAUAACUUGGCAUUGUACAUAGCAACAUAUAUUCUGUACGAGGUCUUCAAGCUUAGUUUGGAACAUUUUUUAUUCAUGACAUUCAAAAACAUUCAGAAUAGUUUCGUGAUUCCCUUAUCCAGCUGGGCCCUUACUAUAUCAAGUUUUACCAACAAGAAGCUGCAAAACUGCGUCAGCAAGCUGCGAACCUUCAGAACCAAAACAGGUCAUUUUUUAAAGAUCGCACAUUUGUUUAAUUAAUGAGUUGUGCUAAAACGUACCGCUCCGUGUAGGGCUGUUCAUGAGCCGAGCCGAGCUAGGGCAAGCUCGGGCUCGGCUCGAUUAUAAACCGAGUUGGCUCGGCUCGGCUCGGAUUUGAAACCGAGCUGAAAAUCUAAGCUCGGGCUCGGCUUGGUUUAGCUCGAUUUUAAAAAUAAAAAUUAAUACAUAGCUCUCAAAAUUCAGUAUUCUAAAAUAUUAUUUAAUACUUCAAAAGAACAUAUUCAAAAUAAGUGCAACCUAAUACAUUACAAGCCAAAAUCAUGUUCAACAACGCAAAAUAAGUUUUAUAUUUCAAAUAAAUACAAGAUUUGUUCAUUAGCACGACAAUCAACCUUUAAAUAUGUCAUAGAUAUCAAACUACAAGCCUAAAUACAUGUAAAUAAUAAUCACUUUUUUGUAAUAUAUUAUACGUAUAAAAAAUAAAAUAUAUUAUAAGUAAAAUAAUUCGAGCUAAACCGAGCCGAGCUAUCAAGCGAGCCAAACCGAGCCAAUUUGUCUUGUCACGUGCCGAGUCGAGCUAGGCUCACUUUCUAACCGAGCCGAGCCGGCUCGGCUCACUUUCAAACCGAGCCAUAUUGAGCGAGCUUUUUCCGAGCUAAAUCCGAGCGAGCUCCGAGCCGCGAGCUUUUUGGACCCAAUUUAGGAUGGCAUAAUGAGAGGAUAUUCAACCACGUGUGUGUGAUAAUGUAAUUGGAAUGGUUAACGUACCCAAUUUAUCAUCUCUUUUCCCUCAACACACAUGCACCAAUAGAUAUACAAAUUAUGUUUAAAUCUUAAAUUGUCAGCCGAACACGUCACACCGGUGUAAUGGUUGGAAUGGGACAGAAAGAUGCUUAUGUUGGUAACGAGGCUCAGUCAAAGCGAGCUAUUUUGACUUUAAAAUACCCAAUUGAACAUGAUAUUGUCAGCAAUUGGGAUGACAUGGAAAAAAUCUGGCAUCACACUUUUACAACGAGCUCCAUGUCGCCCCAGAAGAACACCCGGUUCUGUUAACCGAAGCGCCUUUGAAUCCUAAAGCCAAUCCUAAAAAGAUGACGCAAAUCAUGUUCGAGACAUUUAACGCACCUGCUAUGUAUGUUGCCAUUUAAGCUGUUCUUUCUCUCUACGCUAGUGGUCGUACUACUGGUAUUGUACUUGAUUCAGGAGACGGUGUGAGCGACACGGUUCCUAUUUACGAGGGUUACACCUUGCCACACGCCAUCCUCCGGUUAGAUCUAGCAAGAGGUGAUCUAACUGACUGGUUGAUGAAGGUUCUACCAAAACGUGGGUAUUCAUUCACCACAACCGCAUAACAGGAAAUUUAAGAGACAUGAAAGAUAAACGGGCGUACAUCGCUCUAGACUAUGAGUAAGAGCUCGAGACUUCAAAAAGUAGCUCUUCUGUUGAGAAGAGUUUCGAAGUGCCCGACGGGCAGGUCAUUACCAUCGGUCAACAAUGUUAAUAUUCCUAAGAAUCAAUCCAAAUUCUUUGAGCAACAAUCAAUCCAGAUUCAUAUUUCACGAAAGAGGUAAACAACUACUUCCAAUUCUUUAAUUUGCAAAUAGAGUUUGAAAUUGUUUAUUAGUUUGAUUUCAUGAACUUGAAACAAUAUCAUCAUACCGAUUCUAAUCAUUGUAUAUAGUUAAAACGUGCCUUUGGAAGUUAACUGGUAUAUAUACCAAAGUUAUGUUCUAUAGUUAUUGAAUGCUUCAUUAUGAAUUUAAGCACUGAUAAAAAUAUAAUUUGAGUUGAUAUUUGAGAGGAGAUAAUGGGAUGGAAAGUUGAUGAUGGUGAGAUUAUGUUCCAUAGUUAUUGAAUGCUUCAUUUCAGAGAAUGGGGUGGAAAGCUGCUCCCAGCAAGUCAUGCAUCACAAACAAAGAUUUGUUAUUAGGUGCAUGUUGAAACAAUGAGAAGCUCAUACAUCACUUGAAGAUUUUGAGAGGAGAUAAUGUGAUGAUAAUUAGGGGCAAAGAUAGGGGUGAAACCGGCACUAUAAAACAUGUGAUUCGCUCUCAAACUCGUGUUAUUGUCGAGGGAAAGAACCUGGUAAAGAAACAUAUAAAGCAAGGACAAGGUCAUGAAGUUGGGAUCUUUAUAGGAGAAGCCCCUCUUCAUGUCUCAAAUGUUUAAAUUGUUGACCCAGUUACCGGGUAUAUUCGGUACCGGUACCGGUUUCCAUUUUCCCCGUUUUUCGAUACCGGUACGGUACCGGUAUUUACAGGUAAAACACCGGGGUAAAUACCGGUACCGUACGGUACGGUAUUUAUGAUGUAAUUAGUUUGAAAUACGGCUCACCAAAUUUAUCACUUGGGGCCACACUUGGGCCAUAUUCUUCAUUUGUCAAUUUCCAACUGUCUUAAGAAGAUUAUUUUUUUGUGGUUGUAAAGUGUUGACGUUCGUUUUCCUUUCAUAAAUUAAACAAUGAUACUUUUGUUUGUCA